ACACGAGCUGUCCACUGGUACGGGGCCGAAAGGGGGCGCGCGCGGCGGGGCGGGGUGCGGCCGCACCUGUGCUGCGGGGCUGGGGAGGAUGCCGAAGGGAACCCAGGCCCCGGAGCAGCUGCGCGCCCCGCCCCGCGGGCUCCUCCCCGCCGCCGCGGGCGCCUCCCGGCCGCUGCCACGGUGCGCUGCGCCGGGAGCCAGGAACGAACCGCCGCUGCAGCUGCAGGGGCACCCGGGCCGUGUGACGACGCCGCUGCGCGCGCCCCCCCCAGACCCUGCUGACCGCAUGGAGCCUCCGGAUGGUGCCGACCCGGGAGAAAUAGUUAACAAGGUUGGGGUGCCGCAGGCUGUCCUGGGCACCACAGCCCAUGGGACAGGGGACUGCUGCCCCUCACCUGUGGCCGAGGAGGAGGUGGGCAUCCCUGUGGCUGUGCCAGGGCUCCUGCAGGUCACGGAGAGGAGGCAGCCACUGAGCAGCGUCUCCUCCCUGGAGGUGCACUUUGACCUCCUGGACCUCACCGAGCUGACGGACAUGUCUGACCAGGAGCUAGCCGAGGUCUUUGCCGACUCAGACGAUGAGAAUCUGACCAGCGAGUCCCCAGGAGGCUCACACCUACUGCCCCGGGCAAGUUGUCUACGCUCCCCAUCCUGGACACGAACCAGGCCUGAGCAGAACCGCGAGAAGCAACCUCUUGGUGAUCCUGAGCGGCAUCCAGAGAUUGUGGACACGUUUCUCACGGUGGAGAGGGAGCAGCAGUCAGCGAUUGUGGACACACUUCUCACGGUGGAGAGGCCCAAGGAGGACUAAGCCAGCCAGUCCGCCCAGGGCCAAGGCAGAGAAAACACGAACAGCCCUGGCCCCGCGGACACUCCACCCGCCCCACAUGGCCCCAGCACAAGCACACCCAGUGGCCUUAUGUCCAGCUCCGUCCUGGUUCCUGGGUCAUGGGCAACAACCAGGGGUGAGACAGGAGUGGCCUGGGCUUAUUGGGAACUUCUGUCUGCUGGACUGGUGCUCUGUCACAAGAUUCCCAGGUAGGGGAAGGAGAAGGGGGGUCUAAGCUGGUGAGAGCUGCUCUGCAAACCCUCGGGCGGUCUCAUGGUUAUAGCCUGUGAACAGCCAUUCCAAGUACCACCAUGGAUGCUCUACUGUCCGGCCAAGUAUGUGGGUGGAGGAGUCCUGCAAACCACCACCUUAAUUUUAAUCCUGUUCCCUUCCUGCCACCCAGGCAUCAGGCGGCACCAGGACCCACUCACUCCCCAGGGCCUAAGACCCUGGUUGUCCUGGUCCCUGUAUGACAGCUGGACCCACCCCCCUCAGCUCAGAAUACCAAAUAUGGCACGACUGCCUGACUGCUAGCCAUGGGGAGGGGCAGGCAGGGUUUGUCCUCUUCCCAUCCCUCGCCUGUAACACCUCCCCACAGCUCGUGGGGUCUGUGUACCUGGCUAGAAUCCUGGCCUGGCCUGGAGCAACCCCCAGUCCCCAAGUUAAGGACUAGGUUCAGCUGCUCCCAAUGCUGCUUUUUAUGUGCUAAGGAACAGAAUAGAUUUCUGGUCUGAUAGAAAGUCUGAGAAACAAUUUAAAAUAAAUGUGUAAGCUUGCUUUUUGUCCACAGGCCAUCCUGUUCCCCACUGAAAGAUUUCUGGGGAAGGAACACGGGCUCUUCUGUGGAAGCCCUGGACACACACAGGCCAAUGUGCCCAGCUAAAGGCAAGUCCAUCCCAGGAAAAAGGGCCUCAGAAAUGUAGGAGUCUGCCUCCCACAACAGGGCCUGGGGGACACUGCCUACUCCCUCCACACGGGAUGAGCAAAGCAGUCAAGAAUCUCCUUAAACCAGGCCCGUAACCAUAUGGGCAGCUGCUUGCCCUGACCUCACCGCGGUGUGUGUGGGGGGGGUCUUCCCUGCCCAAUUUCCAUCCUUCCUGCUGCAGCUUCUGCAGAGCCCAUUUUCAGAAAGUGAGAUUAAAGUGUCACCCCAUC